ACUUGUAGCAUACUUCUAACUUGUGGCCCCAACUUGCUAUCACGUUCACAUACUCUCUCUCUCUCUCUCUCUAUUCUCCACUAGUGUUGAUUGAUAUUGAUGCCCAUGAGUUCAUCCAUAAAUACUAGUAAGUGAAACCACCAUGCAGAUUCCAACUCAAUCCUUGGAAUAAAGGUCUAAACACCAACUUUAUCCCAACACAAGACACUCAAUCUAGGAAGCUUCGCCAUCCUUGGAGAUUCCGAACUCACAUCACAUAAUAGCAUCCACAAUUGUGGGAUCUCAACCACUUCACUUCACCAUGGCUCAGAAUGGAAAUGGAGACAAUGAUUUUGAUGAAUCCCCUGACCAUGAACAUAAGCUAGGCCGAAAGGGUAGCAGCACAAAGGUGAAAGAGGAUGAGGUUUCUGUGGAGAGGAUGUUCCAGCACAUGUUAGUGCCUUCAUGGAGGAACCAAUUGACUGUGAGAGCCUUUGUGGUCAGCUUUGUACUCAGCAUAUUGUUCAGUUUCAUUGUGAUGAAGCUCAACCUCACCACUGGAAUUAUCCCUUCACUCAAUGUCUCUGCUGGCCUUCUAGGGUUCUUCUUUGUCAAGACUUGGACCAAGUUCUUGGAGAAAUCUGGCAUGUUGAGGCAACCCUUCACAAGGCAAGAGAACACUGUCAUCCAAACCUGUGUUGUGGCCUCCUCUGGCAUAGCCUUUAGUGGAGGGUUUGGAAGUUACCUCUUUGGAAUGAGUGAAGAAAUAGCCAACCAAUCCACAGACACCAGUGACUUUAAGAACCCAAAAUUAGGGUGGAUAAUAGGUUUUCUCUUUGUUGUUAGUUUUCUUGGCCUCUUCUCAGUUGUACCUCUACGAAAGAUUAUGGUCAUUGAUUUCAAAUUGACAUAUCCAAGUGGUACUGCAACUGCACAUCUCAUCAACAGCUUCCACACUCCUCUAGGAGCCAAACUAGCAAAGAAGCAAGUGAAAACGUUGGGAAAAUUCUUCAGCUUGAGCUUUUUAUGGGGUUUCUUUCAAUGGUUCUAUACAGCUACUGACCAGUGUGGAUUUCAAGCCUUCCCUUCAUUGGGGCUUAAAGCAUAUGAUAACAAGUUUUAUUUUGAUUUUUCUGCCAUCUAUGUUGGAGUGGGAAUGAUUUGCCCAUAUAUCAUAAAUAUAUCAGUUCUUCUUGGAGGAAUUAUUUCUUGGGGAAUAAUGUGGCCUCUCAUAAAAACCAAAGAGGGUCAAUGGUAUGAAAAGGGCCUUGGUGAAGGCAACCUUCACGGUAUCCAAGGUUAUAGGGUAUUUAUAGCCAUUGCCUUGAUCCUGGGUGAUGGUUUGUAUAACUUUGUUAAGGUGCUAACUCAUACCCUUUGGGGGUUGUAUCAUCAAAUCCGAGAAAAACAAAGGGAGAAUGUUCUUCCUGUUGCAGAUCAAGAUUCCCCCACAAAUCCUCAGCUAUCUUAUGAUGACCAGCGCCGCACCCAACUCUUCCUUAAAGAUCAAAUUCCCACAUGGUUUGCAAUUGGAGGUUAUGUUGCUGUUGCUGCCAUCUCUACUGCCACUCUGCCACACAUCUUCCACCAACUAAAAUGGUAUUACAUAAUUGUUAUCUACCUAAUUGCUCCCACCUUGGCAUUUUGCAAUGCUUAUGGUUGCGGGCUAACAGAUUGGUCCCUCGCGUCCACCUAUGGAAAGCUAGCCAUCUUCACAAUUGGAGCCUGGGCCGGUGCAUCACACGGUGGAGUUCUUGCCGGCCUAGCAGCAUGUGGAGUGAUGAUGAACAUUGUUUCCACAGCCUCAGACCUGAUGCAGGAUUUCAAGACAGGCUACCUUACGCUGGCUUCACCACGUGCCAUGUUUGUGAGCCAAAUAAUUGGCACAACAAUGGGUUGUGUAGUUUCUCCUUGUGUGUUUUGGAUUUUCUACAAGGCUUUUCCUGAUCUUGGGAGAAGCACAAGUGAAUAUCCUGCCCCAUAUGCAAUCAUAUACCGUAAUAUGGCUAUAUUGGGGGUGCAAGGUUUUGGCUCUCUACCCAAAAACUGUCUCUUGCUUUGUUACAUAUUCUUCGGUUCUGCAGUCACGAUAAACUUGAUUAAAGAUUUCCUCGGUAAGAGAGGGAGAUUUGUACCGCUUCCAAUGGCCAUGGCGAUACCUUUCUACAUAGGGCCAUACUUUGCCAUUGACAUGUGUGUUGGAAGUUUGAUAUUGUAUGUCUGGGAAAGGAUUAACAAGGAGAAGGCAGAUGCUUUUGCACCAGCUGUGGCUUCUGGUUUGAUUUGUGGGGAUGGAAUAUGGACUCUUCCUGCUUCAAUACUCGCUCUUGCCGGAGUUAAGCCACCAAUUUGUAUGAAGUUUUUGUCAAGAGCGGCAAAUCAGAGGGUUGAUACUUUAUUAGGGAAUUAAGGUCAUAUUUGAAUUGGACAUAGUUGGUUUCGUGUGAAAAGUUACUGCCUGUAAAUCUUUGAAACAUCACUCAAGUUUGUGGUUUUAGACUUUUGCAGCCAUAUAGUUGAACAAAACAAAGAAGGGAAAAUAUUGUGUAUUUUAUAAUUUAUACCAGAUAGAAAGUAUGUUUACAUGUUUAGAUUGCAGUGUUUUUUGUGGGGCUCCUAAAACAUCUUCAUUUGAAA